AUGGAAUUAGAAAAGAACAGCGAUGUUAAAAGCAAAAGGAGAUGCUUCAAUCAGACUUCACAUCUUUUUUCUUAUUCUGAGGAAGCUGAGCACAUGCUCGUCAGAGACAUUGCAGCAGGAGCUAACCACUUGGGUUUUGGCCAGGCAUGUUCUGUCAAUGUUUCAGAAUUGAAGUUGUCAGAGGAAAGCUUACCUUAUUUAAGUUCAUCUUUAGAUGCAGAUAUUGAAAUGUACAAUAAAAAGAGAAUGGGAAUUUGCUGUGCACAGGUAGAUGAAAGCAAGAAAGAAGCUGAUCUGUUGGGAAGGGCAUCUGACAAUAUGCACUUUAAUUGCGGGGUGUGUGAUGAUUGCAGACAAAGCCAUUUAGGUGAAGAUUCACAGCUGGAGUAUCUCAGUGCUAAUGAGCAAGAUUUUGAUGAUAGGAAUAGCUCAAGAGAGUUUUCUGAGCAAAGGGAAACUAUGGGGAUCGAAACGUUAAAGCUGAUAGAUCCAGUUCAUGAAGUUCCAGGGGGUGUAGCUGCAAAGGAACAAAAUCUCGUUGACGUGUCGGAAGAUUAUUCUCCUGCAUCUGAGUGUGACGUAGGUGACCGGACCUGCCCAGAAGCAGCUACACCAGAGCUUCCCCACCUGCUUCAGGACUCUCUGUCUCUGCCAGAUUGCAAUGGCGUGACUUGUGAUCAUCAGGAAGUGCAAACAGAGUAUCAUAGUGUUGUUUGUGGAAGCAUACUUGAAAGUUGUACUUGUGGGAGUAAAGAAAGGGUCUGUCCAAAUCUGCUUGUUCGUGACAGUUUAGAAAAUGGAGAGGUGAAAGACAUCCCACUGAUUGACGGCACGCUGCCACCCCGAACGGCUGCAAGUGAAGUGUCUGAAAACAAUGACAGACACAUUCACAGCAACUCGGUGAAGCAAGACAGUCCUUUACUGUCACCACAGGAGAGGGCCCCUGCAGUAGCCACGCGAUUUUGCAAACGUGCAGGGGACUCCGAUUUCUACAGUUGCGAAGAAUCUGGUGUGUGCGCACGUGGUGCCAGCUGCAUUGACUGCACUGCAAAGGAUGCUGAAACCCAAUUUCCAGUCUCUGCAAUUCUCACUAGCGAGAAUCCCUUUUUUGAGGUGGAAGUUGCAGAUAAAUCCUCCCGUGGAAAUACCAGCUGUCUAAACUCGGAGUUGGAACAUCGUGACAACUUGAAAAACAUUACCAGUGACUCUACGGUUAACCAGGCUGUUGAUGUGUGCUCUGAUUUUAGAGCUUGCUUUACAACAAGCAGAAGUACCAGUGCUCAGGUUUGUCUCUCGUCCAGGGCUAUUAAUACAGAGAUAACAAUGAUGAACAAAUCUCGACCCGUGGGAUGGCGCCGUGAAACCUGUGCAGACGUUGCUUGCAAUACAGACUGGUCAUGUGGAGCUGGUAGUGCAGUGCAAAUUCGGCCACAGCUUACUGAGAUGCUGGAAAAACACUCAGAUGGCAAUACUGCAACAGCUGAAAGAAGCUCACAAAUUCAGGAAUCAAAAAAUGAGUUGUGCAGCAGCAAUGUAAAGAUAAGCACUGAGAGGCCGGUACAUCUUGACAAACAAGCUGUGAAGAAUUCUGCAUCAAGCUACUGUCAAAAAAUACUGCAGAGAGCGAUUGAAGCAGAAUUGCAGAUUCUAAACGCUCAUUAUCAGAUGUGCUAUCAGCACUGCUUGAAGAUUUACAAACUGGCUUUGGAGGAAAAGACAUGUUUUAGCAGAUAUAAUGGAAAUACUGAAUUAGGUUCAUCUCUCAUGUUGGUUUUGGAAAAGCUAAAAAAGAAUUACAACGGUAUGAGAAUGAAAAUAAAAAUGGGCAUACCUUUAAACGCACUUCCACCGCUAUCAGUUGAGAUGAAGUUGUUCCCAAUCUCUUCUUCUUAUGUUCCGUGCAAGUUGUUCAGAGAGGAUCUUUGCUACGAUUCUGUUUCAGGCACAAGAAAAGCUAACUUUGAAGCACCAAAACUGCAAGAAAGGGAGAUUUCUGUCAACAUGGACAAUCCGCAGACUGUAUGUUUAACUGAUGGCAGUCAGCAAAAUGACUCUAAUUCCUCCAAGACAUUUGAAGAACAACAUAAAAAUCAGGAUGUGGAACGUGGCUGUGUGAAAAAUGAAGAAGGGAAUGAAUAUUGGUUUGAUGCUACGGAGGACUUGACAGUAGCAGAUGUUUCAGUAGUAUCUGAAGAAACAAAAAAGCAACAAGAGAAACAAGACACAGUUGAUUUAAGAGAAGCGAAGAAAAUGGAGAGUGGAAAUGAGCGUUCUUUUAUUCGUGUUGGUGGCCUAAGUUCCUCAGUGUCAGAGGGUGAUUUAAGAUCACAUUUCCAGAAGUAUCAGAUUUCUGACACUCUUUUCUCUGUGGAUUCUAGUAACUACAGAUAUGCAUUUCUUUCCUUUAAAGACACUAAUAAAGCAAAGUUAGCUGUAGAGGAAAUGAACCAGAAAAAAAUAAAAGGAAAACCAGUAAGUGUUGAACUUGUAAAUACUUCAUCAGACAAUAAAUAUUUGGUUUCCCAAGUGCUUACAAAUACACUUUGGCAUGAAAUCCAACCUGUUAAUAACGGUCAAAGAAAUGAUCAAGAUAAAACACUCACUUCAGCCUCCAAUUCUGUGAAAGCACCUGAUGCUACCUCUGCUUCUGAGAAAAUGCAUCUCCUUCCCAUAACUUCUUCAAAAAUUUCUUGCUCUACACAAGUACCUUCAGAAACAAAGCGCCCUGGUCUGAAAUCAUCUACUGAAGAUUCGGUACAUUAUUUGCUUGGAGUUAAUCAAAAGGAUACUGGAGAAAAUUUCCUGCAGAAAACAUCUGCUCCUUUCUCCACUAAUUUGUAUGAUGCCUUUAUUUCUCCUAAUACGUUGAACUUGAGCAGCUUUACCAAAUUACUGAAAAAACUUCAAGAAAUUCAUCCAGAGGCUAGCAGAGACAAAAUUGUGGAUGCUCUGCUGGAGGUGAGGAAGAACAACAAAGGUGUCCUAAGUGGCUUGUCCAUCAAUUCUAUUGUGGAAAGGACCUCUGUCAUUCUAAGGAAAUCGACGCCCAGUU